AUGACUUCCACCGGAAUGAACACGAUGAACAAGAUCAUCUUCUACGAGGAGAAGAACUUCCAGGGCCGCUCCUACGAGUGCAUGAGCGACUGCCCCGACAUGUCCUCCUACCUGAGCAGGUGCCAGUCCUGCAGGGUGGAGAAAGGCUGCUUCAUGGUGUACGACCGCUCCAACUACAUGGGCAACCAGUACUUCAUGAGGAGGGGCGAGUACUCCGACUACAUGAGCAUGAUGGGCAUGAGCGACACCAUCGGGUCCUGCCGCAUGAUCCCCAUGCACAGAGGAUCCUACAGGAUGAAGAUCUACGAGAGGGAGAACUUUGGAGGUCAGAUGUCUGAGCUGAUGGAUGACAGCGACAACAUCAUGGACCGUUACCGCAUGUCCAACUGCAUGUCCUGCAACGUGAUGGAGGGCCACUGGCUGAUGUACGAGCAGCCCCAGUACAGAGGCAGGAUGAUGUACGUGAGGCCCGGCGAGUACAGGAACUUCAUGAACAUGGGCGGUAGCAGCAUGAGGUUCAUGAGCAUGAAGCGCAUCAACGACUCCUGCUACUAG